AGAUGUGAAUAGUGCAACCAUUAGGAGGUAGAGAUGCACCGAAGGUCCAAGAAAUAAUGAAAGCAACUUAGUUGGAGGAGGUAUUUUGGGAGAGGGAGGGGACCGAGGGGGCUGACACUUGCGGGACCUCUCUGGUUGCCUGUGCAUUCUUGCACUAUAGACGAAGCCUUUUAAGAUGUGCUGCCCAUACGUGCAACUAGACGAAGACGAGAAAGAGACAUUCCUAGACUGUGCAGGUCUGCUGAAGCGAUUCAUGUGACAGCGGGGAAGCGAUCGGUGAUCCUCUCACUUUAAAGGGAUUUACAAUGGAUUUGGGGACUGUCGCCAGUGCCACCCUCCGACUAAUGACCUUAGUUGUCAUUGGUAUGAGUGCUGCUAGAGCUCAGUCGGAGAUUAAGAUGGUGGCCGAGACGGAUGUGACACUGCCAUGUAGCCACCAGCUGUGGCAUAUGGGCACAAAAGAUCUGGACAUCGAGUGGCUGCUUCAAAGAGCUGACCAGGGUCAGAAAGUGGUCAUCUCGUACUCCAGCGGUCAAGUCUACGACAGCCUCAUCAGCACACAGGCUGGGCGUGUCUCUUUCGCUGCUGACUUCUUGAAAGGUGAUGCAUCUCUGAAGAUCGCCGCCCUGCAACUUGGAGACUCUGGUCACUACACCUGCAAAGUGAAAAAUGGAGGCCAGUAUUCGUGGAACUCCAUCAACCUGCUGGUCCUGGUAAAGCCAUCCAAGCCAAAAUGUUGGCACGAAGGGAAAUUUCUGGAAGGGAGUGAACUGAAGCUGGGAUGCAAGUCUACUGAUGGCACCGAGCCGAUUGUGUACAAGUGGGAGAGAAUCCCAAAGAAUGAGAGGAGCCGUGGAUACCUGCCACCACAGUCACGCAUCGACUUGAGUAAUCCAGAAAUUGUGAUUCUGAGGAAUCUGACCCAGGAGAGCGCGGGGCUGUACCAGUGCACGGCCAGCAACGAGGCGGGCGAGGAGAGCUGCGUCAUCCCAGUCUCCAUCCACUAUGUUCGAGGAGUGGGCGUCAUUGUUGGAGCUGUUGUUGGGGUGGGAUUUGGAGUCUUCCUGAUGGUCCUCAUCAUCUGGCUCAUCGUCCGCAAGAAAGAAAAAAAGAAGUAUGAAGAGGAGGACAUUCCUAAUGAAAUAAGGGAGGACGCCGAAGCGCCCAAAGCGAAGCUGAUGAAGCCAAACUCUUCGUCCUCCUCCAGGUCAGGGAGCUCACGUUCGGGUGCCUCCUCCACCCAGUCCAUGGUGCAUAGCAGUGCCCCCCGGAGCGGCCACCGGCCCCGUGUCAGCGCAACGCUGAAGGAGAACGGAGAGUCGCCCACUUACACGGCACAGGGGCUCCCCUCCUACACACAGGUCAUCAAUAAGGAGCUAGAGAUUGAGGCCGAGCCCGACCACAAUAAGGUCCAUCAGGGUAGCCUCGUGCGGAAGGGGGUCACCCCGGCCCACUCGCGGCCCUUUGAGACCGUCUAGAGUGGCCGUGGCAAUGGACUGGGACUGCUGCUGCCAAGCAGACACAAAUAUUUUGUAAUAAAAAGGAAUGAAAAUGAUUGCAACGAAAAGGGAAUCCGUGGACGGCGCUUGACCCACUGGACCGUCGGAUCUCUGCCUCUGUUUCUUCUCUUUCAUUUCCUUUGCCAGCACGCGCCAGCAGGAGAGAGGGGGCAUCACCAUCACCCGGGUUGCUGUAACUGCCAGACCUGGACAACAAGAAACUACACAGCAGAGCAUCUGACACUCACCCUAAACCUUAAUGGCAUACUGGCACAGGGGACCAAAGGGGGGCUCAAACUGACCUCACAGGAAGACUGGGGUCACGGCCUGCAACGGGGCAGCCCGUCGGCCCAAUCUGCCCAAACCUUUGACACCUCAAAUACCUGACACUUACUGGAGAGACACUAAGCUCACAUUGGACUGAAAAGCAGACCCCUUGGGGUCAUGGCCCAAGAGACCAAAGGGACACUGGGACAUUGACAUUCGGCCCAAAACUUACUCUGCCAUUUCCCCCAAAGUGACUUUUGUGUAUAAGAAGAUGAGACACUGAUGUUAGUGCUACCAUAAGGAUAGGUGCAGGGUCACAGUGUUAUGGUCACCUCCCAAGAGAUGGUGGGAUUCCCUGUAGUAGGGUCAGCACAGGACAGAACCUGAGAUUAUGCUACGUGGCCGCUGCCACGUGAUGGGGUCUCUGCUGGCUCACUAAAGGACAGACACUUAUAUAAGAUCAGAGCAGGACAGCCUGUAGGGUUAGAUACUGUAGUUACGAGUGUGUGGUCACCACUGGUGGUCACUGUUGAGUGUAACCAGCACCGGACAGACUCAGAGGUCACCGUUAUGUAGACAGGACAUGGCAGGACUUUGUGCUCUCAACUGGUGGUCACUGCCGUGUCAUCAGCACAGGGCACACAAAGAGUUUAUGGUUACGUGGUCAGCACGUGACAGGUCCUUCGUGGGGUAAAAGUGACAAGGACAGUACUGGGCAGACGUGUUCACAGCAGGAGAGACACUGUCGGCCAUAGUUAAGACAUCAGGGAAGGGGAAUCUUUAAGGUCAGUGCAGAGUGGUCUCCCUUUGGAGAGACACAGGCGGUCAGUGUGGUGUGGACAGCACUGGUACACCAAGUGGAGUAAGUCCACGGGUGUCACUCCUGGGUGGUCCCCUACUUGAAGCUGGUGGCACUGCGACUUGGUCACUGCACGGAGUCGACCCCAUUUCUGCCACAGCACUCACUCAGUAGCACCCCUCACCCUGCAUCCCUGCUGAAACUGCCAGAACGCAAGGCCGCAGGCUGGACGGCGUGUGCUCUGCCAUCGUGAGAGUUCACCGCGACCUAAAGGUUUGUUUUUUUUGACUCUCACGUCUUGUGCCCUGAGAGGGAGGCGCAUCUCUAAAUAAAGUGACUGCCUGGCUCUCGCAUGUCUGCUGCUCUCUCCCCAGGAGACAAGCUCAUUUAUUUUUAGUCUGAUGGAUGACAUGUCAGGGAAUAUUAGGAGUGACAGACAACGGCGGCCCCUAAAGGAAGGAGCGUGCGUGUGAUGUGAAGCAAGGCGAGCACUUGCCUCUGGAGCAGCGAUCCAAAGUGGAGGAAUGUUACGAGACACUUCAGCCGGCUUCUGCGAGAUGGUGGGGCUGGAGAGAAAACUUCAAGCUUUUUGACGCCAUCCCCCAGUCAGACUCUGCUGCCACCUUGUGGCAGGAGGACUUGAUGGUAUGCGGCCGGCCAGCAGUUGACCUUAAAUGUUACAUUACGUAAAACUCAUCCAAGGGAAGGUUAGAAGAGACCACAGGUCUGGCAGCUGGCAAAGGGAACGAGCCACUGUUCUCAGGUACCUCACACCCUGCCCUCCAGGGGGCGCAUGCACAGUCGACCCAGAAGGCGUGACGAGAAUUCGCGCUGCUGGAGGAGUGUGCCGUCUGCUGUCUCUUGUUCGCUCUCGCUCUCUCAUCAACGCCCCCCUUUAAAUCCCCCCCCCCCCCAACCGUGGGAUUUGCACCAUCACCUUCUUUCAGCUUCUCCAGAUACAGAAAUAAAAACCUUGUAAAUAUGUCACUUGCAAGAAAAUUGUAUAUUUUUGACAAUUCACAGAUACUGUUUGAUUUGUAAUAAAAUAAGUAUUACUCCACAUAA